AUGGGCGUCUACAUGAACAAGUUUGCUAAUGUAUUUAAGUGUCCUAAGAUACAAUUGGACCGGGACGGCCAAGAUGGCGCUCGCUCGGUCGUCCCGGUAAGCAAGCCUGUGCGCUUCAAAAAGGAGCCCUUCUUCGACGUCCUCGCCACGCUCGUCGAGCCGAAGGGCCUGAAGACCUCCGGGCGCGAAGGCUGGCAGCAGGUGCACAUCCCUUUCCGGUUCGAAACGCAGCACGUGCACCUCCUCCACUCUACGCAAGCGGACUCGAGUCAGGAGUGCAAUGUGCAAGUGCACCUCCGGUUUGGUUCGCUGAAUGCGAAGAGCGAGCAGGACGACCGCUACCCUUCCGAUCUGGCUGUGGAGGUGAACGAUCGGUUUGUUGCACUGCCAGAGCCGGUUACCUUCAAGAUCACCGGUGGAGCGACUAAGCGGGUGCAGCUUCCGAUCAACAUCGUCUCAUCGUGUUUCGUGAGCUCAACCGUGACUAACGUGCUUGGUGUGACCUGGCGACCCGUACGUGGCCAUGAAUUUGCCGUCGGCCUGUUCCUGGUUAAGAAGCGCAGUGUAGCGACGAUUGUGAGCGCACUGCAACGGGAAAAGGCGCAGCGCGUGGCUCUGACGACAGCCAUGGUCAAGAAGAAAAUGGAGCGCCGAGCCAGUAGCGACGAAGUCGUUGUAACGAAGCUUCACGUCUCCCUCACGUGCCCCCUGAGCCGGACACGGAUGAAAGUUCCGUGUCGCGCGCGAUCGUGCAAGCACCUGGACUGCUUCGACGCGUUCAAUUAUCUGCAGGUCAAUGAGUGGAGGCCCGCUUGGCUUUGUCCCGUGUGCGGCAAUCGGGCCGCCUUGUCGUCGUUGGUCGUCGACCAGCUGUUCGUGGACAUCAUUGCUAGCGUUCCCGAUGACUGCGAAAGCGUCAUUUUCCGCGAAGACGGGUCCUGGACUCCAUCGACGUCGCAGAGAGGACUCCGAGAAUGGCACCACGAAUUCCGUGACGCUGUCUUCGUCAACGGCUUGCCACUUCAGCACCACUUUCGGAGCCCUCGUCCAUCGAGCUGGUCGGGCGGCCCAGCAAGCGGCCUAGGCUUGAGGUCAUUGAACUGA